AUGCUAGUUCCUGUCUGUUGCGACCGUUUGCCGGUGCGACUCGAAGUAGCCGUCAUAUCAGCCAAGGGCCUUCCUGUAAUGAAUAAGUCGAUCAAUUCAACGGACGCAUUUGUGGAAGUGCGAUUCGCUGACGAAGUACAAAAGACUGAGGUCGUGACCAGCCUCAGUCCACAUUGGGACAGCGAUCUUUUCCCUUUCGAUACAGAUGAGAAGCAGCUGUCAGAAUGUUGGGUACAGUUCAGAGUUAUGGACCACGACACCUAUUCAGCAAACGAUGCUAUUGGACGUGUGAACUUGGACUGCAACAUUCUCGUAGAAAAGAUGAGAAUGCAGGAAACGGAAAGGCUUGAUGAAGUUCACGUCCUACCCAUCUAUGACACACUCAAUGGCGGGUUCGAACAAUAUAUUCUUUUUGUGGUAAAUGCGAAACUGUUGUCUCUAUUUUACGUCACUUCCUGGAAGAAAUGGAAUCGUGGUGAACUUGCUUUUCGCAUCAAACUGCAGUUGCUAGUGGGAACUGAUUUCAAAAAUUACGUGCAGAUUUUAUCAGGAUACCAGGUGCCUUUUGAUCAUCGAGUAGUCGGAAUUGUUGGGUUGGUGCACGUCCUGAAAUCUGAAAAGGAUCCCGAUUACGAAUGGCUGGACAGAAUUCGGACGCCGAGGGCAACAAAUGAGGCUCGUCAAUCAGCUAUUCGUGAUGCUCUGCGAAGUGCGGCAGUUGCUCUAGCUCACAAGGUCAAUAAACUUCAGUGUAAUCUCAUAUGCGGGUAUCAAGAAUAUCUUGAUGUUGAAGGAUCUUCCACAGAUCUGUUCACAGUACGCGUAUUGGGCACAGCGUUGCGGAUCGAGAAGGGAAAUUCGGGUAUGUGGAACGAGCGUGUGGCUUUCCCCUUGUUAAGCUUGAGCAAGAUACCUGAGAAUAGACAAUGCGGUAUUGGUGCAGUAGUUGUUGUCAGAGCCGUUCGUCUUCUAGAAGGUGAUGAUGAAGAUCCUGAGGAUACGAGAAAGAGUUGGUGGAAUGAGUUGCGAGCUGAGUGCCAGCAGCAGGCCCUUGCUGUCGGCUGUAAUCUAGUGAUUGGUUACUCGGAGCAGUUCAUCGUGAAUGACAGAAUCGCCUUACUUGGCUGUAGCGGAACUGCUGUACUAAUGGGGCGAGAAGACGAAUCCCCGCUAAUGAGAGGCGUUUUUGGCAUCGAAACCGACCUUAAUGAGAAGAAGUCAAAAGUA